GUGCUCUGAAUUACAAGCUAUCGGGCCGACCGCGGCCCCACCGCCAGUUGGCCGAUUGUCAUCAGAUAAAAAAUCGUGACACUAAUAUUUAGACGCUUUCAGACGCUCCUCUCGUGGCGAUGUUGAAUUCCGUGGCGCCGUGAAACGACAAAACAUUUCAAAUCAUUCCGAUAGUGCCCUAGACUAAACCAGUGUUCCCGAGCGACCGUCCCAGUACCAGGGCGUCAUCGUCGCACCAUGGAGGUGUGCUGCUUGAAAAUGGCAUCCAGAUGCAGACCGACGCGCCCAAUUAAGGAUAUAACGCAGCUUUCGUCGGCCGGCUCCUCGCACGACUGUGGCGCACUGUCACGGGUCGUGAUGGUCAGAAAGACCGACCAGCGCGUCAUCAAUCACAAGGGCAGUCUGAAGGAUCCACUGUGCGAGGUGAUUACGAUGGAGACGAUACAGACGUACAAGGGCCACAAACCGGACCGGACGGUGGUGUUCAAGGAGAAGUACGAUCUCACCGGCAACGACAUGUCGAAGUCGCUCUCGACCGGCAAGCUGGCCGCCGGAUCACCGCGCCUCUCGAUCUCGCCGCUGCGCACCAUCCUGACGACCAGCGCGGAACUCGAGCGGACCCGGAGCGCCACACCGAGCGAUCGGAACAACAACACGGCGGCCACCGUGGCCACCAUCAAAGCUAGUCCCAAAGUGAAGCAGCAAUCUCUCGGCCUCCGGCCCAAGUCGCUCGAUCGGAGCAACAACAAUCAGUUCGGGGUCGGCAGUCCGCUGUCGGCCAAGAGUCCCUCGAUCGUCGGGACGCUCCGUCAGAGCGGAGGAUCGCUGGCCGGCUCGCAGACGUCCCUGCUGCGGAGUCCGCUGUACGGUGAGUUCGAGCGCGAGUGCCUGAAGGCCCACAACGAGUACCGAUCGCGCCACGGUGUGCUGCCGCUGAAGCUCAGCAAGCGCCUCUGCCGGUACGCCGAGGAAUGGGCCAAGGUGAUCGCGGCCCGCGGCGUCCUGGUCCACCGGAGCAACUCGCAGUACGGGGAGAACAUCUUUUGCUCGUGGAGCUCCACCAACACGAACGUGACGGUCAGCGGACGGGAACCGGUCGAGAAUUGGUACAGCGAGAUCGACAUCCACGUGUUCGGCAAGGAACCGGCAACCCUCAAGACGGGCCACUUCACGCAGGUCGUCUGGAAGGACUGCCGCGAGUUGGGAAUCGGUAUGGCACGGAACCGCUCCGGACAGGUGUUUGUGGUCGCAAAUUACGACCCACCGGGGAACUACAUCGGGAGCUUCGCAAAGAACGUGCCCCCGGUCGGUGGGUUCGAGGUACCGAAAAUCAUCGUCGAAAAGCCGGCAACAGAAGGCACGAUCGCGAACGGAGCACUCAAGACCACCAUCCGACGGCAGUCGGCGACGGUGGCCGGAGUGGUGAAGACCGAGAAGCACGUGCGAAUCGUCGACGAAAAUGAUCCGGAUCAGUUUGAUGAGUUUUCGGUGGGCAUGCUGAAGCACCACAACGAGUACCGGCGGCGGCACGGCGUUCCGGACCUAAUUCUGCACAAGGAGCUCGUCCGGGAUGCGCAGCAGUGGGCCGAGAUACUGGCCCGGGACGAUCGGUUCACCUACCGGCAGAACUCGAGGUACGGCGAGAAUCUGUACUGCCUGUGGUCGUCGGAUCGGAACGCGCGGCCCAACGCGCGCGACGUGUGCCGAUCGUGGUACGAGGAGGUAAAGCAGUACACGUUUACCGCGGAGCCCCGCGGCAUCGUCAAGGGUGGCCAGUUCACGCAAAUGGUGUGGAAGGGCACCAAGGAGCUCGGCGUCGGGAUCGGUCAGACCCGGAGCGGCAAGGUGAUCGUCGUCUGUACCUACUAUCCGCGCGGGAACGUCGUCGGCCAGUUUCUGGCCAACGUGAGCAAAGCCCGUUAAACGCACACGGCGCGCGCAUUUGGAGCACACCACAAACCGUACCUACCACAGAGAACCUUUCGAGAUAAUCAGGAAACUUCGGAAGCCUUAACAAUCGCAAAGAAUGGGCCGUCCUCCGCUAGCACCGUUUACAGUCCCGUUUACGCACGCACGGACAGAGCGCAGUUCUAUUUUUCUAAACCGGAAUUUGCAAUCCUAGCCCCCGCCCC